AUGACAGCUUAUCACCAAGCCUUGGCAAUCUGCAUGGCGCUUCUUGCAACCGCCACCACAACGACGAUGGCCCAACAAGCUCAACCAGUCGCAAUAAUGCCAGCCGAAUCAUUUUUAAAUUCCAAAAUUCCCUUUCCUGGAGUUCGAUUUCAACAAUACCGAUGGCUCUCCGACGAAGACCGCCAAAAAGUCCUAGAUGCAGGAUAUACCCCAGAAGAGUGGGAUCAACCCACACUAGCAGUUUCGGAAAGCGUUCCAUUCUCCGAUUUGGGUAUCCUACAACCCAAGAUUACUGCUCUGGGACUGACUCAAGAGCAGUGGGACUGCUACGUGAAUAACUACUCUGGCUACAAAUGGAGCCAAUUGAGCAGCGAAUUGCAAAUCCACGCCAUCGCAUUGGGAUGGACUCCCAAUACCUGGGCCAACCGAGCGACCAGCAAACCAGACAUCUUUCGCAACUUUUGGGACGAGCUCUCGGAUCCAAUCAAAAAGACGGCAGGGGAAUUCUGUUACUUUGAAAACACUUGGAAUGAAGACAAUUUGCGGUAUUGGACGACGGCACCACCAUCCGUACAUACUACCCAAGCGCCCACCAAGCCACCCACCGCAGCCCCAUCCAGGACAAUAAGACCAACGAUCGCUCCAAUAGCAUUGGCUUCGACCUCUCCAUCCUUAUCCAUAGGCUUGGAACUUCUUCUCGUUGUCGGAACGGCAGCUACUUUUAUGAUGGUGUAA